UGAGAAAAUAUGAGGUGUCUAUACCAGCAGAUAGUAUUCAUAAAGAUAAACUACAUCUUGAUCGAUCUACUGGUCCAAUUAUGGCACCGCUGCCAAUACAUUUAAUAUUUAAAAGAAGAACAGAAUAA